CACGCUCCAGACGGGGAGAGACAAAUGACAAUGCCUGUUGACAUUGACCCCGGCCGGCGAGCUCCGGCGCCGGCCACUCCGGUGACCACGGCGGCCAGGGACGCCUACUUCCUCUGGGAGCUGCGCAAGUACGUGCUGCUGCAGGCCACGCUUGCGGCAAGCGUCACCUACUCGGCGGGGCUGAGCCCGCCGGGAGGCUUCUGGGACGACAACGACGGCGUGCGCCUCGCCGGCGACCCCGUGCUCCAGGUCACCUACGCCCGCCGCUACACGCUUUUCUUCUACUUCAACGCCACCGCCUUCAUCGCUUCCAUUAUCACCGUCAACCUCCUCCUCGUGCAUUCGCUGAGCCGCCGCCGCUGGUGGCUCCGGGCGCUCCAGGCCGCCAUGAUACUCGACCAGUUGGGCCUCAUGGGGGCCUACGCCGCCGGCAGCUGCAGGGACGUGGCCAUGUCCGCCUACAUCGUCGCCCUUGUGGCGAUGGUCUCGUCGUACGUCUGCGCCCAUGUCCUGCUCUUCACGUUGUGCGCCUUGAGGAGGCACGACUCCGGCGGCGACGGCGAGGACGUGAUGCCUGAAGAAGCACACGAAGCCGUGGAGCGCUCGCGCAAGUACCUCCUCAUUUUCGCGACUCUUGUUGCGACAGUGACGUACCAAGCCGGGCUGAGCACGCCAGGCGGGUUCUUGUCCGACAGCCAGGACAGCGACCACCUCGCCGGGGACCCCAUGCUCCACGACCACCAUCCCGACCGCUUCAUGGGGUUCUUCUACUUCAACACCACGGCGUUCGUGGCGUCUCUGGUCGUGAUCAUGCUCCUCAUGAGCAGGACCGUGACGCGCCACGGCUUCCAGUCGUGCGCGCUCUGGGUGUGCACGGGCGCGGCUCUGAUCGGCCUCACGGGCGCCUUCUCCGUUGGGAGCAGCCGAAGCGUCAAGACUUCCAUCUACGUCAUUGCAUUGGUGGCUGCUAUUCUGCUCUACAUCGGCCUUCAGUUUCUGGUGUUCUUGUGCAAGCCUGUGGAGAAAUGGGUCCACAGUGUCCAAGAAACAUUGCAAAAAUAUCUGAGAUUGGACCGAACUGAGUCACAGCAAGAUCACGGGGUUCAUGCAGUAUCUGAUCCACAAGCCCUGAAUGCUGAUCAGCUUCUUCAGAAGUCCCGCAUGUACCUGCUUCUGCUCGGGAUUCUUGCGGCGAGCGUCACGUACCAAGCAGGACUGAACCCGCCGGGUGGCUUCUGGCAAGCAGAUGCUGCCGAUGGUCCGCAUCACUACCUAGCAGGUGACCCAGUGCUUCACAUCACGUAUCCCCGGAGAUAUCUGGUUUUCUUCUACUGCAACGCCACAGCCUUUGUUGCGUCGCUGGCUAUUCUUAUCCUACUCCUCAGCAACAUAUUCAGCACCCAGGGAAUCAAGUACUGCGCAUUGCAGGUUGCCAUGAUCCUGGACCUUCUCGGUCUGAUUGGUGCGUAUGCUGCUGGAAGUUGCAGGCAAGUGUCCAAAUCCGUGUACAUCUCAGUGCUUGUGGUUCCGGUGUUCCUCUACGUCGGCAUCCAUGUUCUGGUGUUCAUGUUAGAAGUCUUCCCAAAUCAUGCGACCUGGAGGGAAAUGGUGAAGGCGAAGCUGGGGCAGUUUGUGCCCAAUUGGCUUAAGAAGUUGUUUGAUCUGCAGGCCGGGGAGGAAGAUGAGGACCUGGAAUGGAAACUAGAGAAGAGCCGCAAGCUUCUGCUGCUCCUUGCCAUUCUCGCAGCAAGCCUCACCUACCAGGCAGGCAUGAGUCCCCCGGGCGGCUUCUGGCAAGAGAACAAGACAGGCCAUGCCGUCGGCAACCCAGUGCUCAGCGACAACUACCCACGCCGCUUCCUGGCUUUCUUUUACUGCAACGCAACUGCCUUCGUUGCGUCUCUGGCCAUCAUCAUGCUGUUGGUGAACAGAAAGCUUUCGGCGAGAGGAAUACAGUCCCACGCGCUCAGGGUGUGCGUGAUCCUUGACCUGAUUGGGCUCAUGGGUGCGUUCGCUGCUGGGAGCUCCAGGAAGGUAUCAACAUCCAUCUAUGUCUUGGUCCUGGUCUUUGCGGUUCUAGUCUGCAUCGCACUUCAAGUUCUUCUAGUUGUGUCAGAGUCGGUUCAGCAUCUCCUGCAGAAACUUCUAUCCUUCUUCGGCGUGCUGGACGAAGAAUCCAGUGACAUAUUUCCUCGUAAGGCCACCAUUGGAGGGGCGCGAGAUCUCUGGGGUGAAAAGUUGCCCAAAUACUUGUUGCUGCUCGCUGCACUCGCAGCUACUGUCACUUACCAAGCCGCCAUGAACCCACCCGGUGGCCUCUGGGAUGAUGGCCAAACUGCCCACACAGCCGGUGACCCGGUUCUUCGGAGCAGCUAUCCACGUCGGUACAAGGCUUUCUUCUACUGCAAUGCGACUUCCUUCAUGGCGUCUCUAGUGAUUAUGGUCUUGCUUCUGAUCAGGCGAGUAUGCAGAGCAAAACCGGCCAUCUUGGCACUGCACACUGCCAUGAUACUGAACUUGUUUGGCCUGAUGGGCGCGUAUGCUGCUGGGAGCUGCAGGAGAGUGAGAACCUCUGCAUACAUCCUGGCAUUAGUGAUCGGGGUUUCUGCAUACAUUGUCGUUCUUGUUGUUGUGUCCAUAGGUGUCGCAAAAUGGCUGGAAAGAGUCAUGGACAAGCUAGCGGAACGAAUGAUCUGGUGCUUCUCUCCAGAAGAUUUGUGAAACUUGGCACCAUGAGCAUAAAUAGGGUCAAGUGUUACAAGUGUGAUUGUUAUACUUCGUACAUUCCUUUUCAAACUUUUGCUAGGCUUCCAAAUCUAACAUAGUGCCUUUUCUGAAGAAUAAUUGCUGUAAUUUGAUUAGUUCAUUUGUACAUAGUGCCUUUUCUGAAGAUUGUUGUAAUUUGAUUAGUUCAUUUGUAUUAUCUCUUGGAAAUGACCCUAGAUUAAUUGUGUAAAAUGUGAUGCAGCAUUGAGUUUCCUUUA